AGACAGAUCCUAAAGAAGGUAGCAGCCACUAUUAUUUGGGAAGGAAAACAUGCGCCUAGAUGGUAUGGUCCACUGCAGGCAGCGACUUUUGUGGUCACUCAAUCACACCUGUCACUUUCAGAUGCAUGUGGUAGUUCUAUAUGCAUGACCUGGUCGAAUUCUUCCAAUGCAGGGGUCUUGGUCUUGGCGUUACCGCGUCCCACAAAAGUCAUCCAUGCCCGCUUGUUACUACAACCUCAAUCACAACCACAAGAGCAAGAAGAAGAAAAAUGAAACAGCGCCAGCCAAUGGCCUGCAACCGCCGCCGCAAGCUUCUCUGCGCCUGUUUGCUGCUGGCUUGCGCAGCCCCCGCCGCCGCCGCCGCCGUCAACAUCUCCGUCUACUGGGGCCAGAACAGCAACGAGGGCAGCCUGGGCCAGACAUGCAGCAGCGGCCGCUACGCCUUGGUUGCCAUGGCCUUCCUUUCCACGUUCGGCAGCGGCCAGACACCGGUCCUCAACUUGGCCGGGCACUGCGACCCCGCGUCGGGCGGCUGCACAGCUCUGGCCGCGGACAUCGCGGCCUGCCAGGCGAGAGGCGUCAGGGUGCUCCUCAGCAUCGGCGGCGGUGCUGGAAGCUACAACCUCUCCUCCGCCUCGGACGCCGAGAGCGUGGCCACCUACCUCUGGGACAACUUCCUCGGCGGCACCUCCUCAUCGCGGCCUCUCGGCGACGCGGUGCUCGACGGCAUCGACAUGGACAUCGAGAUCAGUCCGUCCAGCCACUUCGACGGCCUCGCCAGGAACCUAACGUCGCUGUACGGGGGCGACAGGCGAGGGAGGAAGUACCUGCUCACCGCGGCGCCGCAGUGCCCGUACCCGGACGCCUCGCUCGGCGCGGCGCUCGCCACGGGGCUGUUCGACCACGUGUGGGUGCAGUUCUACAACAACCCCGGGUGCGAGUACCAGCAGAAGGACGGAGACGGCGUGGCCAACCUGGCGGCAUCGUGGAAGGCGUGGACGCAGUCGCUGCCGUCGUCGGCGUCUGUGUUCCUUGGCCUGCCGGCGUCGCCUGCUGCAGCGGGUAGCGGGUACGUACCCCCGGACGACCUUGUGUCGCGUGUGCUGCCGGCGGUGAGCGGCUCCGCUAACUACGGCGGCCUCAUGCUGUGGAACCGCUACUACGACAACAGCACCGGUUACAGUGCCCGGAUUCUGAGCAGCAUCACAGCGGAUCGACCAAACAGCUCGCCAGUUCCAGGGGGCUCCGGCGAUGAAUCGCCACCGCCGGACAACUCACCAGCUCCGCCGCCGAGCACUGGCCGGUCACGAAAGAGAAGGAUCAAAACAUAUAUCAUAGCGGGCACCGCAGGCGUAUCCGGGCUGUGUGCAAUAAUCGCUCUCGCAGCCUUGAUGUGGUGGUACAAGAGACGUUAUGGCAUGGUAAUACCAUGGCGCAGAGGCGUAUCCGGGGUCGAAUCCUUUCUGCAAAAGCAAGGAGCUCUACUACACCCGAAAGGCUACACUUACUCGGAGGUGAAGAGGAUGACCAGGUCCUUCGCUCACAAGCUCGGGCAAGGCGGCUACGGCGCUGUCUACAGGGGCAGCAUGCCUGACGGCCGUGAGGUGGCCGUCAAGAUGCUGACGGGCAUGCUGGAGGGCGACGGCGAGGAGUUCAUGAACGAGGUGGCGAGCAUCAGCAGGACGUCUCACGUCAACAUCGUUACUCUGGUAGGGUACUGCCUCCAGGGUCCAAAGAGAGCUCUCCUGUACGAGUACAUGCCCAAUGGCUCCCUCGAGAGGUACACCUUCGGCAGCAGCAGUGGAGAAGACGCCUUGAGCUGGGACAGGCUGUUCGGUAUCGUCGUUGGAGUCGCGCGAGGGCUGGAGUACCUCCACACGGGCUGCAACACCCGCAUCGUGCACUUCGACAUCAAGCCGCACAACAUCCUGCUGGACCAGGACAUGUGUCCCAAGAUCUCGGACUUCGGGCUGGCGAAGCUGUGCGGGCAGAAGGCGAGCAGGGUGUCCAUCGCCGGGGCGAGGGGCACGGUAGGGUACAUAGCGCCCGAAGUCUUCUCGAGGAGCUACGAGGCAGUGGGCAGCAAGGCUGAUGUGUACAGCUACGGCAUGGUGGUCCUUGAGAUGGUCGGAGCGAGGAAGAAUGUCCAUGUCAGUGCUACAGACGACGGCGGCAACAGCAGCAGCAGCAGGUAUUUUCCGCAAUGGCUGUAUGAAAACUUGGACCAGUUCUGUCGCCCCACAACCACGAGCAACGGCGAGAUCCGCGGUGACGACGACGACGCCACGGAAGUGCUGCUCGUGAGGAAGAUGGUCGUAGUUGGACUGUGGUGCAUACAGUCCAAACCGGACAGUCGGCCGUCCAUGGGCCAAGUCCUUGAGAUGCUGGAGAGCAACGCCGCCGACCUGCAGCUGCCGCCAAAGGCCUUGUGCACCGCUUAUUAAACCGAGUCCGAUCUUGUAAAAACUCUAGUCCAGCGGCGUAAUGCAUUCAUUGCUUACCUGCUAUAGAUAGAUACUACUGAUUCGAGCUCAUUGUUCUUCACUCCACCACGUCCUUUGUUCUUUCAAAGAUGACCUCGUGGGUCUAUCUUUUGCACUCUUUUUGUGACCUUCUAUGCUGCUUGCGCUGGCUUUCA